ACCACCUGUCACUUGUCACUCCAGUGUCUGUGUGUGUGUUUGUGUGUUUGUGUGUUCUCACAGGAAUGGUUAAAUGUGAGCACAGAGGAGCUUCUCCCAGCAGGAUGAUGGAACAGGACAGAGUGAGUCAAGCCUCCAGCGUGGUUACAGUUUCAUCAACCAGAGACAAUGUUGACAAGAAACUGCAAUCGUUCUGUAAAAGGUCUCGCUCAGUGCAGCGAGAUCCGAACUGUGCAGUAGUAAUCAGAGGCUGGCUUUAUAAAAGAGACAGUACAGGGCUGAAGCUGUGGAAGAGGAGAUGGUUUGUUUUGUCUAACUACUGUCUCUUUUACUAUAAAGACAGUAGGGAGGAAUGUGUGUUAGGAAGUCUUCCUCUCCCCAGCUAUAAGAUUUUCUUCUGCUCUCCAAGAGAGUGUAAGAACAGGAAGUAUGCGUUCAAGGUGGUUCAUCAGGGAAUGCGUUCAUAUUUGCUCAGUGCUGAUACUCAGGAGGACAUGUUGGGUUGGGUCAGAGCUCUCAGCCAGUCAGCAUGCAUGGAGACUGAUGACCUCAUUAACAGACGCUGCUCCAGCUAUCACGACUUCUCUCAGAUAGGGGGCAGCACUGAGUCAGUGAACCCCCUGCAUGUGUACAGGACCCACAGCAAACCAUCUCAUUGUACUUUGGGGAGUGUGGACAUGGCAGAUCACAGAGGCAGAGAAAGAGCUACAUACAGUUCUGAUACUCGAACCCGGUCUCUGAGUUUGGACCGCACAGGUGAAGAUCACAUCCUAUGUCAGAGGUCAGUUCCAUCGACCCCCAGAAGUCAUUAUGAGUCACGACCUCGCAGCCCACUGGGCAGAGUUGACCUACGACCUCAGGUUUAUUCCACACACCACUCACCUGUACAUAAAGCAGAAAGCAAGGAGAUCCGUUCUGAUCAGCUGCCCCCCUUACCCUCCUCCAGAAUUACCCACAAUCCUCUAGGUCCUCUCCCUCACAGCACUUCUUCUGUGUGCGGGUUUCCAUCAAGUACGUGUGAGAAAGAGAUGCGCACUCUCACAGCACUACAGGGAGAUACAGAUAUGGUUCUGACUUGUUUGUGUGGGUGUGAUAAAGUACUACAGACUCUCUCUGUAGAACUGGAUCUCCUACAACAGGAUAAGGAGCAUGCUGAGUUUGCCUUGGAUAUGUCUCGUAUAGAGCUGGGCAAGGGACAGUUGAAUGUACAGCACAUAUCCCAGAAGGCUUUGCUGCAGGAGGAGCUGGUCACCAUAAGAGCCAGAAUGUGUGACAUAUCACAGGAGAUGGAGAGGGUGUGGUUGGACUACAAGAGGAUGGAGAGUGAACUGUGUGUGUUUCGUUCUCACCUGCAGCACAUCUGCCAUUUUGGACUUGCACAGGAACACUCCCUGGCACAGAAGCAGAUCUGGAUGAUGGAUGAUAUUCUGAGUGGUCUGAAGCCUAAUAGGAGUCGAUUUAAAGCACUGAUGGCUUUACAAACACCGACAAUGUUUCCACUCCUGCACAACUCAUCCCUCCAUCCAGAAGAAAGUGUGCACCUCUGGGGGGAGGAGUUAGAACCACCAGCUCGCCCCCCUUUACCUCUGGAGUUGGACAGCACCAAUAAGAGCACAAAUCUGAGACCUGAGUGGGGAGAGCCAAAUUACACACUGGUGUACAACCCUGCUACAAUCAACACACACUGCUCUACACAAACCAAAACACACACAGCAGAGUCUCAGUCAUUGUGUUUAGGGGAGGAGUCUGAUCAUUCUAAACAGAUGGUCUGGAGGUUUGAACAGAAAAAAAUGCAUAAUAAGAGGAGCCGAAGCCCAGAUUAUAAGAUAAUCAUGGCUGAUAAACCCCACCCACUCACUGAGUCUUCUCCAGUGUGUCUGAUGCGUGUGAUGAGGGCGGAGCUUCCUUCAUCUCUCACUGCACAGAGAGUGUGUGUGGAGGAAUCAAACCCUGAGGAGGACAAACUAAACACACUGAAUUAUAAACAAGAAGAACAGAGUGAUAAUAAUGAUAACGUUGAUGUCUGUGUUGUAAACAGAGAAUCUGAUUUAGCCAUGCCAUCUGAACAAAGGCACGCUAAACUGAAACGAGUGGAACGCAUCAGAGAGAGAGUACUGAAGAGUGCUUUGAGACGGAGCGACUCUGCUCAUCCUUUGAAAUUCAUUGAUAUCGGAGGAUCUGUUAAUCAUUGUCAAAGGUCCACAGAUUCCCUGCACACUGAUAGAGUUUGUAUCCAUGGCAACAUGUGGAUGACUGAGAGUGAUGUACCUGAAGCACCACCCUCACUCAGUGACAUCAAGCCUUCACCAACCAAUCACAUUUCGACACUCACGAUAAACAACAUGGUGUCUGAGGAAACAGAUCAGAGUGUGAACUGCUCCACUUCUACCAAUCGGAGGGCAGAAUGGUUUCUCUCCACCAACCACUGGCAAGGGUUCAUUCCCCUCAACAUUGAAGAAGAGGAGCUUUCACCAACCAAUCAGCGUUCAGACACAUCGACCAAUCAGGUUUCAGAGCUGUCAACCAAUCAAACUCACGUUAGAGGAAAGUUGAACAUGACUACAUCAUUAGUCCCCAUGGAAACACUUGAUCAAAACAAUUCUGACCAUACAGGAAGGGAGCUGUGCAUCUAUGAGGAAAUUCAGUAUAAAGCUCCAGAAUCAGCCAUAGAGGAGAAUGACAGUGUAGUGGGUGGAGCCAAAGCCCACCAAUCAAACCUUUCUACCAAUCACAGUGAUGACUCUCAUCUGUCUGUCAAUCAGCAUGCAUCAUUAGAGGUUGGGGGCAGGGAGAGUAGAGCCACUAGAGAAGAAGUGGCAAAAGAGGCAGGAAGUGACAUCAUUAUCAGUGCCAAAACUAAACAACCAAUUUACAGUUGUUGGAAUAAGAACUCAGUAACCAACCCCAGUGAUUCCUUUCUCAAACCGCGGGUAACUGUGGUGAGCACCAGCCUAUAGGGAGAGAUGAUUACAUCAUCACAAUAAUAAUAAUAAUAAUAAUAAUAAUAAUGAUAAUAAUAAUAAUAAUAUUUGCUUUAAAGUGUUCCUCACAUUUGCGUUAUAAUAAUUAUUUUUUUUAAAUAUUACACAUAACUGCUAAUGUAAUUUUGUAUAAAUCUGAAAAACUCCACCUGAUUUCCUGUUUAAACAAAAACCCAACUUAUUUAUUUAUUUUAAUAUUAUCUGUUUAUUUUACGUUUUAUUUUCAUUUGUUUGUGUUUUAUGAAUUCGAGUUCAUGUUAAUUGUGUUGUGUGUUUAUCUUUAACAGUUUAUACUCAAUUAAAUGUCGACUCGUUAAUGAGAAUGAUUCACUAAUGAACACGAUCCUUUUUAUUAUUUAGAUUUUAAAAUGUUACAUUUAUUUUCAAUCCCUGAAAGUCACAAUUUAAUUGCUGUUGUAUUGUUUGUACAUUUUAGUUAUAGCUAUGAAUCCCACUGAACAUGUGUUUAUGACCUCAAUCACGCUUAAGCCAAUAGUGGAUAAAAAAUGUUACAGAAGUUAUGAUUGUUCAUUAUGAGCUCCUGUUUCAGCUUUUCAGACUGAAAGAGAUUGAGAUUGAUGCUAAUGUGUGCUUUUCAUGUGUAAAAGUAAGUCACAAAUAUCAUACAUCCUUUUUUAUAUUAAACUUUAGUGUGGUGACUUGGCCAAGUUCAGUUGUCCAGCCUUAAGUUGUCCAAGUUCAGGUGUCUUGGCCAAGUUCCGUUGUCCAAGUUCAGUUGUCCACUGAAAUGGAAAUGUGUUGGGCAUCUCAAUAUCAGACUGGUUACUAGUUACAGAUCUGAUGUUUGGGGUUGUAGAGAGAUGAGAAUAAAUAAAUAACAAUUAUGCAAUAAAUAAAAUAUAAGUGUGUGAAAUAAAUGUGAAAUUAAAUGUGUGUGUGUGUGUGUGUGUGUGUGUGUGUGUGUGUGUGUGUGUGUGUGUGUGUGUGUGUGUGUGUGUGUGAAAAUGGCAUUCUUUAAGUCUUUUAUUCUCUGUUCCAAAUAUCUCCCUGUUUCUAACACAUUUAUAUUUAUGGCAUUUGGCAGAUGCCAUUAUCCAGAGAUACUUACAGAAGUGAAGUUUCUAUCAAUAAGCACAUCAUCAUAGUGGUCCAUACCUGGUUCAUAAGUGCUAAGGUGACGCACUUGGUGAAACUGUAGGUCUUUAGUCUUUGAAGCCAGCCAGUGGAAGUUCAUUCCACCAUCUAGGAGCCGGAACAGAGAAUAGCCUUGAUGCAGGUCUACCUUUUACCCUGAGGGGUGGUGGGUCCAGUUGAGCAGUGCUACAGGGUUGGAGGGAGUGUGGUGCACUGUAAAAAAAAAAAAAAAAAAAAAAAGUUUGAAAAAAGUUGUU